UUCAUAAGAGAGGAAGAAAGAGGAUGGUUUGCAUGGCAUCAUUCUUCAAGCACAUGACCAUACCCGAAAUUGGGUUGUGCCUGAAUUUAUAUUUACGUCCGAGAAUCCACGAGAGCAGGCACAUUCAUCGCUCGUAUAGGAGAUUUUCGAGUCCAUCAGCUAAAACAUUUCUUCCUUUAUCAAAAGCCCAAGCCGGCCUAACUCUGGGCUGGAAUCAGGAAAAGUCGAUUAAACUGCAAGUUCCCUUGUUCGAAAGAAAACCCAUCUUCUCUACAAACUUACAUGACCUCAUAGAGUGGAGAAAAUGGGCUCAAGAAUUGGCAAACUCAGUUGGGUCAAGAUUUCUAGAAACAGAUGGGGGCCCUGAGUCGAAAGACUUAUUGAGGGAGAUUGAAUGGCUUUUGGAAGAUACAGUAGAUGGGUACUCUACGCAUUCAGCAAUGCAUGAAUUACCUGCUGAUUUGGCUCUGAGAACAAGCAUUGAAGACUUGUAUGUAUUGUGGAGGGAAAGAGUUGAGAAGAGGCGGCCAUUCCAGUACAUUGUGGGAUGUGCACAUUGGAGAGACUUGGUGUUGGCUGUGCAAGAGGGUGUGUUGAUUCCAAGGCCCGAGACAGAGCAACUAAUAGAUAUUGCUCAGAAUGUGAUGUUGAGAGAUGGGACAUUGGCUAAGGGGGUGUGGGCUGAUUUGGGGACUGGGAGUGGGGCACUUGCCAUUGGGCUCAGUCUGUUAUUGGAGGCACAAGGGAGAGUUGUUGCAGUUGAUCUGAGUCAUGUUGCUGUAUCAGUUGCUAGGUACAAUGUGGAGAGAUAUGGCUUGCAGGCACUUGUGGAUGUGAGACAGGGUUCAUGGUUCUCCCCAAUUCAAGAUGUUAAUGGACAACUUGCAGGGUUACUGAGUAAUCCGCCAUAUAUUCCAUCUGAUCAAAUUUCAGGGCUACAAUCAGAGGUUGGCAAACAUGAACCAAGGUUAGCACUUGAUGGAGGAAUAGAGGGUUUCAGUGAUCUUGUACUUUUAUGCAAAGGAGCCAUCUCUGCAUUACGCCCAGGUGGUUUUGUUGGGUUUGAGACAAAUGGUGGAAGGCAAGCUGAGGUUAUUGCAGACAACUUAUGCAGUACAUCAGAAAAUAGUUUUAGGGAUGUCCAGAUUAUAGCUGACUAUGCAGGCAUACCUCGGUUUGUGACUGCUUUGCGUUGCUGAGCCCUUACAGUGGCCACCGAUUGAAACUGAUUGACAUUACUUGCAGGUGGGAAGAUGAUUACCUUUCUGGACAAAAUGAAUGUGCCUUAUGUGAGUGAAGUUUUCAGAACCUAAUGUUUAACUAUCUGAAAUUAGAUUAUGAAUCAUGGCUAUAAUCAUAUACAAACAUGAGUUCCUUGAGAGGAGAAAGCCUGCAAAAUGUGGUUCUGAAGGUGUUAUUUCAACGAUUGUUAUAUUGUAGAAUACACCUACGCUGAGGUCUCAACUAGCAAGGCAUAUUGGAGCAUGCAUGCAAUGCCAAUUUCUUGCUGAUGCUUGUGGUUUGGCUUUGUGCAAAGGUUCCUUGUCUCCUUCAGCAACCCUCAAGUUGUAUCCAUAAUUUUUCCACAAUUAGUUUUCUUAAAAACUUAAUCAAAGUUAUCAUUUAUCUGUAUACUCAAGUCCUCUUCUAUCCAUACAGGUAUGCAUCUGUCCAUGCGGGACAGACAUCACAUCUAUCUAUUCAAAAUAUGCAUCUAUCUGUAUGCAACAGAUAUUUGUACAUACAAUUAGUUUAAAACAAUGAUGUAUCAAAAUAAAAAGAAAUCAUCCACACUAAGGGAGAGGGCCCUAUGGUGGUGAGGGCUAUGUUCGCCUCCCAAAAUCUGACUUACAAUAUUUUAAUUUUGUACAAGUGUUUACUUGUCAAGUCCCCUACUUAAGAAAAAUGGCUUUUAAGUUCA